AUGCGGGAGACCGGUUCAAAGGGCGCCGCGGGGAACGAGUGGCCGGACGCGACGCGAGCCACAGGAGCCAGUUGGCCAGUCAGCCAGUCCGGCGGCGUAGCUGUGCACCCGGACCUCGCGGCGGACCGCGAGGCGCUGCUCGCGUUCCGGGACGCGGUGGUGCCGCGGCUCCCGUGGGACGCGUCAGCGGCGUCGCCGUGCGGCUGGAUCGGGGUCGGGUGCGAUGAGGCCGGAUCGCGCGUCGUCAUGCUAAGGCUUCCCGGGGUCAAGCUCGUGGGCACGGUGCCGCCGGGGACGAUCGGGAACCUGACGGCGCUGUGGACACUGUCGCUCCGCCACAACGCACUGUCCGGCGGGAUCCCCGCCGACAUCGGUAACUGCGCGGAGCUCAGGUACUUGUACCUCGAGGGUAACCGGUUCGAUGGAGAGAUACCGGAGGGCUUGUUCGAGCUAAGGUUGCUGCAGCGGCUCGACCUCUCCAACAACCAAAUAUCCGGUGGUGUCUCACCGGAGUUCAACAACCUCAGGAGGCUCGUUGCUCUGUAUUUGCAGAACAACAGACUGAACGGCACAUUGCCGGCGGACCUUGACCUCCCGAAACUUCUGGCGCUCAACCUAUCGAACAACGGCCUGGUAGCGAUAACCUAG